AUGGCCGCCUGCAGCCGGCCGGCGGGGUACGCUGGCACUCUCAUUGCUCAUGAAGGACUGUGCCAAGAGAAUGAGCAGGUGCUCAUUCUGCUCACCAAGGACGUUGUGAGCACCCUGAGCACCAUUCACUCGUUCUGGAGAGCUCUGGGAGUUCUCCAAAGCCUACUGUUGAGACAAGUCUUUGUUGUGCACCUUUUGGCUGCACCGAACCUAAGCACCCUUGAGAGAACACCUUCGACCGAUACUGAACCCUAA